AUGAUAGUAAAAGUGUUUGAUAAUAUAUAUAUAAGUAAUGUUUAUAAUGCUAAUGAUAUAUAUCAAUUAGUUAAUUUAAAUAUUGGUGGUGUUUUGACCUGUUUUGGAUGUAAAAGUAUUGAUUGGUGUUAUUAUAACAUUGAUGAUUCACAUAAAAUUUUUUAUAAGGAUAAAUUUAUAAAUUGUAAAAAUGAAUUAAAAAGAAGUUGUCAUUGUUCUGUAGAAGAAGAAAAAAAUAAAUUAAAUGUUAAUUUUGAAAAGGAAGUAGGAGAUAUACAAAUAGGUGAUAAUAUUAAAGAAAAUAACAAAGAUUCCUAUAUGGAAGAUAAUCAUAAUUUAUAUUGUGGAUCGUCAUCACAUUACGACUAUAUAAUAAUUCCUAAAGAAAUAUUAAAUCCAAAACUUUCCAAUAAUACAAUUAAAGAUUACGUAAAGGCAAUGCUUGAUUUAAAUGAUGAUACUGAUAUAGAUUAUGUACAGUGUAGAAAAAAUGAAGGAAUAAAUUUUAAAAAUAAUUUUGAGGACCAUUUAAUUAAGAAAAAUGAAAUUAAUUUAAUGAAAGAAGGUAAAAUAAAUAAGGAUAAAUGGGAAAUAAGUAAAAAUAAAAAUGAUGAAAAUGUCAUAAUAAAGGAAAAUCAAAAUAACACAGAAAAUUUAGAUAGUAUAUCAAAAACUAUUGAUAUUUUAGAAAGAGAAGAUGAUAAAAGUGAUUCUUUAAAAGAAGGUGUGAUGAGUGAUGAUAUAAAAAAUAAAAUAGUAGAUUCAAAAUCAGAAGAUAAGAUACAGAAUGUUUGUGAAUUAAAUAAAAGUUUAAGAGAAGAAAAGAAAAUUUCUUAUGCCAAUAUAUAUAAAAUGAAGCAUUUGUAUUUAAAUAUACUUGAUACGUUUGAUGAAAAUAUUCUCGACCAUGUAAAUAAAGCUCAUUCAUUUAUUGAUAGUGUUAUUGAAGAAAAAAAAAAUGUUUUAGUUCAUUGUAUGGCAGGAAUAUCUCGUUGUUCUUCUAUUAUUUUGUCAUAUGUUUCUAAAAAGAAUAAAAAGGGUAUUAGUAAAAAUUUAUCCUUAUUAAAGAAUAAAUAUCCAUUUGCUCAACCGAAUGAAAAUUUUUAUCGUCAACUGCUUCUUUAUGAAAAAAUGAAUUACACUUUAGAUGGAUGUACUGAAUAUCAUAAUGCAUAUAAAAAGAUAAAAUUGAAUACAAAAUUUCUUGAGGAAUUAAAAUUUUUUAAUUUAAAAAAUGAAAAAGAUGCAACAUACAAAUUUCAAUGCAAAUUUUGUAGACACACGCUUUUCAAUGAUAAUGAUAUAAUUAAGCAUGAUUUAAAUAAAUACAAAAUAAAGAAAAAUUAUGGUAAUUCAUGUACUAGUAUUUUUAUAGAAAAAAAAGAAUGGUUAAUAACAGAAAGCAAAAUGAAAGGAGUACUAUAUUGCCCUAAUGUUAAUUGUAAAUUAAAAUUAGGUAAAUGGUCAUGGAGUGGAAUAUGUUGUUCAUGUGGUUAUUUACAAGUUCCUGCUUUUAUGAUUAAUAUAUCAAAUAUUGAUCGUAUGAGUAUCGAUAAAGAAAAUUAA